UGAAAACUCACCUACCUACAUCAUCCUAUCAAACAAUCAAACUUCUCUUCAUAUCAAUUAUCCACCCCAUCACCAACCAUCAUCUCAACAUCUCCUCAAACAUCAAACACACAUAAUCCAUCUUCCAUUUUCUAUCUUCCACUCACCAUAGAACUGAGCAAAUCUUCCACCAUGACGACUUACCAUGUCGACCCCAACCAAUGGACCACCCCCUUCUCCUUCACGAAAACCAUCCAUCGCGAUCCUUACCCCUUCCUCUCACCCGAGAAAGCGGAAAAUCGACAGGAGGGGAAGGUGAUUAUCGUUACGGGAGCGGGAAGUGGGAUUGGUGCUGUGAGUUUCUACCUUUCUGCGUCUGAUUUGUGUGUUUUGCUGUUCGGCUGUUUUGGGGUGAGGUGUGUUGUCAAGAGAUGGAACUUAGAUGGGAAAAAGAAUAAGAAUGAGCUGAGGAGAUGGAAGGGAAGAUGACAGAUGACAUAAAAUUCUAACAGAAUUCCCCUCAGGCCGCAGCCAAAGUCUGGGCCCGCGCGGGCGCCCACGGAAUCGUCCUCGUCGGCCGACGCCUCGAACGUCUGCAAAUCGUAAAAACAGAAAUCGAGGCACUCAACAAAGACACCAUCGUUCUAGCCGUGAAAUGCGAUAUCGCCAAUGAAAGCGACGUCAUAGCGUUGUACGCGGAGGUCAAAAAGACCUUUGGGCGGAACGCGGAUGUGUUGUUGAAUAAUGCGGGGGCACUGGAUGAUACGAAGAUGUUUGCGGAGCAUGGUGUUGAGGAGUAUUGGAGGGUUUAUGUGAGUUUAUUUAUGGUUCUAUGUUUAUGGUUGGGUUUGGGUUUGGAGAGGAAGGUUGUGAGGAUGUUGUUAAUGAAUUUGGGAAUAGGAGAUUAAUCUUAAGGGACUGGUAAUUAUGUUGAAUCAUUGGAUUAAUUCGCAAGAACACACGGAGAAGCCUGUUGGAACGAUUAUUACGGUCCUCACUGGUCGUGUGGGAGUCAUGGUUCCGAAAGGCUCGAGUUAUGAUGUCAGCAAAUUGGCGAUGCAAGGUCUUGUUCAACAUGUUCAAGCAGGUAUGUCAAGCGCUGCCAACUAUGCUUUGAGAAGCGAAUUGACGGUUUUGAUAGAGUACCCUACUCUCAGGAUGUUCAUGACGAUGCCAGGAAUCGUGAAGUCGGAGAUGUCGGAGGAGUUUUGGCUACCGUUUGCGAUCGACCAUGCUGAUCUGACCGGUCUUCAAGCUUUGUACUUCGCUCAGCCGAGAGCGGAUUAUCUUAAGGGCUUGAUUACCUCUGUGAAUUGGGAUCAUGAGGUUAUGGAGGCUCAUAAGGAGGAAAUUAUUGAGAAGAAGAUGUUGGAGAUGAAAUGGAUUCCCGCUAUUCCCUUUUGUGGAGGCGAAGGACUUGGAGCAUAG